AUGGUUCGAACCAGCGCUCAAGCACUCGUGGCCACCGCGCUGGCACUCUUCAGCACCGCUGGCAAUGGCCAUAUGAUUAUGGCUACCCCUAAGCCCUAUGGCAGCCCAGACAGUUCGCCCCUGACCUCUUCUAACUUUCCUUGUAAGUACAAUGGGUCACCCUCGUUCUACUCUGGCGUCGAUGCCACCAAGAUGGCCAUCGGCGAAACCCAGAAGCUGUCCUUCACGGGCUCGGCAGUUCACGGCGGAGGCUCCUGCCAGCUCGCUGUCACCAGUGACGCCGCACCAACGGUCUCUUCAAAGUGGCAAGUCAUCCUUUCUAUCGAGGGUGGCUGUCCUAGCAAGGCUGGUGGGGCUGCAGACACGUACGACUUCACGAUCCCCGAUGGUAUUGCUCCCGGCAAGUACGUUUUCGCUUGGACAUGGAUACCACACAUGUCUGGGGCUCCAGAAUUCUACAUGAACUGCGCUCCGAUCGAAGUGACUGGAUCUGCCAAACGAUCCGUCAACGCGACCAUGGAGAUGUCUGAACUGGUGACUCGCGACGCAUUCCCCAACCUCAACGUCGUCAAUCUCGCCAGUGUGAACGAUUGCAUGACAAAAGCGGAUCAGGCGAAUGAUAUGAUCUGGCCAGACCCAGGUAGCAACCUCCAAAAGCUGGCUGCGUCGCCGAAGUAUCAAGCCAUUAGCAAAGGCACAUCGCCAUGUGCCCCUGGUGGUGGAGGUGCCCCCUCGAGUGGUUCUUCAGGUUCGGGGGGUUCAGGUUCCGGCUCACCAGCUGCUGCAUCGCCAUCACCUGUUGUUGCUUCAUCGCCUGUUGCCAGUGGCUUCCAGACCCAGACCAAGGCCACCUCGACCACCGUUGUUACCAACCCGACGGCCCCAACUUCUCCGGCAAACCCGAGUAGCAACUCAGCAUUGACCGAAUCAGGUUCAUCAGGGUCAACCAGUGGAGGGAAGAGUGGUCAGUGUCCUACCGAGGAAGGAGACUUUUUCUGCAUCGGCGGAAAUCAAUAUCAGCAGUGUGCUUCAGGUGGUUGGACCAAGUUGAGGGAAAUGCCUGCAGGUACCAAGUGCAAAGAAGGUCAAUCCACUUCUCUCUGGGCUCGUGAUGAUGAGGUGCGCGGUCCGCGACUUCGUUGGAAGUAG